CACGUUAUGUAAUGUUAUUUCAAAACAUAAACAAUGCUUUUAUUUUACUUCUUUAUUCUUUGGCAAUAUAUUUUGUUAUUUACUUCAGUAAGUAAUAAAAAUGCAUUUCCAGUAUUUCAAAAAAUAUCUUAUUAUUCCCUGUGAAAGAUUUCAAAUCAAGAAAUUGAUAAUCAAGAGCUCGAAUCCAUAAGUAGUUUUUCUACAUUACGAAUAUAGUUGGUAGUUUUUUGUAACGAUGAAUUGCACAUGUGACUUUAUAUUGCCUACGCAAGAUGAUUGGAAUAAACAUUAUGACAACUGCAGAACGAUUUGGAAACACGAUAAAUAUGAAUAUCCUAAAAAUACGGAUGGGUCAAUGCAACUACCAAAUAAGCACUUAUCUAAGCUUGACUGUGACAUUUUAUACCAUCUUGGAUUUGAUACGGUGAAACAUGAUCUACCAGCUAUGUUUGGUGAUGUAAAGUUUGUAUGUAUGGGAGGAACUAAAUACAGAAUGAAGGAUGUAGCUGCACACAUGAGUCAGCUAUUGAAUAUUCCGUGUGACUUCAACAACAUGGUCAAACAAGCACAUAGAUAUGUUAUGUAUAAAGUUGGGCCAGUACUGUGCGUUAAUCAUGGAAUCGGUAUCCCUUCGAUGACAGUUGUGUUGGAGGAAGUAUUGAAAAUGCUCUUUUACGCGAAGGCAAAGGACCCUAUUUUCUUGAGAUUGGGUACCAGUGGUGGAAUGGGCAUUCCAGCAGGGUCCGUUGUUAUUUCAUCAUGGGCUAUGAAUGGUACCUUGGAGAAGAUAUAUGACUUGCCAAUAUUGGGGAAGACCAAAACAUUCCCCGCGAUUUUCGAUCAGCGGUUAAACCAAGAACUAUAUUCUAUUGCGUGUCAUGAAGAUUUUAACACUUACAUAGGAGGAACGAUGUCCGCCAACGACUUUUAUAGAGGUGAGGGGAGAACCGAUGGCGCAUUCUGUGACUACACAGAGUCUGAUAAAAUGGAUUUCCUACAGACUCUCGUAGGCUUGGGUGUAAAGAACCUUGAAAUGGAAGCUACAGCCUUUGCAGCUAUUACAAAAGAAGCUGGACUGCGGGCAGCAGAACUAUGCAUAACUUUCCUCGAUCGUUUGCUUGGGGACCAGGUUACACCUGAUGCACAGACACUUAGCCAGUGGCAAAAACGUCCUGCUAUCAUUGUUGGUAAAUACAUCGAAGCCUACUAUAACACCAAAAAGUAAUAAGAAAUAUUUAUUAAUUAAAAGACACAAACCGGCCCCCAGAAUACGAAAUUGAUGAUAGAUAGUAGACACAGGGUGUUCAGAUUGCAGAGAAGAACUUUGGUAAAUCAAGUACUGAAAUGCCACAACGCCCAUUCAUUGCAGAAACCUUAGACAGAAUAUCUGUUGCAGAACGGAAAAAAACAUUGCGAUCAUGUAAAUAUAGGGAAAAAGACGCGUUGGUAGAUAUACCGUUUUGCCAGAUAUAGUGAAAGCGAAAAAAGUUAUUCUAAAGAUGAACAUUUUGACAGUUUGGAAAAUCAAUAAUUGAUGGAGUUCGUUCUCUAGAAGACUAGAGAAUUUCUUCAGACGUUGUUUUGUUUGAUCACAAAUUAUUGGAUCAAACUAUAAAGGCAAAAUACGUGUCGAGUGUUACAAAUGAUUAACUAAUAUUGCUCUUAGCAAUAAGGCCGCCAGUUGCGCUGUAUUGUAAUGUUUGUUUUUAUUUUCUGUAAUUUCUUGGUGCGUACAAUAAGUAAUUUUACUAUCUACUAAUAUCUAAUAAAA